CAACUAUGAUGCUGAUAAUGGAACUCUCUUGAAAGGGUCCAUAAGCACAGUAGAGGUGAUGUAGCCUAUUCCAAAGUUUAAAAGGUAGUCAGCGCCCUAUAUGGUUCUGGGGGUAGUAAUAUUCAAAUUUCCCCAUACUUACAGAAGUGCAUGAUUAUACAGUAUCUCUCAAGUAACCCACAAAAACUCAAUGUACGGUUUUGUUUCACACUUAAGAGUGUUUGUAGAAGCAUCAGAGACCCAAAUGGUAUAAGAGCACAGAGAAGGUGAGUUUUGCAUAACAUGGGCCCCCAUAAGCCCAGUAGGGCAGGAAGUGGCUUUCUUGAUUUAUGUGAAGACACACCCAGAAACACACACAUUGAUGCAGGAGGAAAAUGGAGGAACUGAAAGUAAGUUGAAACUCUGUUCUUGAGGAAGCAGACGCUCUAGAUCUACAUUGCUACUUAUUCCCUGCGUCAUGACUCCAGGCUCUGUCUGUAGCCACGCAGUUGUGCUGCUCAGUGUCCUGCUGUGCCAGCUUCACCUGUGCACAACCAGCGAGCAGCAUGGGGCUCCACCCAACAACACCCAACACCCACCCAACAAACACAGCCACCCCUGCAUGCCGUCAGCGUGGCGCUCCGCAUACGACACCUUCCUGAAGCGCCACCUACCCGAAGACCAGCCCAGCUCUCUGGACCAGAACCAGUGGGAGAGUUUCAUCAGGCAACACAAGCUCUGUCACCGACCCACCCAGUCCUUCCUCCACCCCAAGGACAAGCAGCAGGUGCUGGACGUGUGUUCGGCGGCCGGAGGCAGGACGAUGCAGAACAACCUGUGCAUCAGCGGACAGGAGUUCUCCUUCACCACAGUGCACCUUCUUUACAAAGACUGCACCAUCAAGAAAGUGUUCUCUGAGACCAAGCAUCUCAUUCUGGCCUGCGAUGACAUCGACGGAGUGUGCCGACCUGUUCACUUUCAGAGAAACCCAAACGGCACGAAACCUGACCAGAACCGUCAGCCUCCGUGCGAGUGGCCCCAGAGUUCAGGGACGGAGCGGACCACAGCCGGCUGUGCCAGUGUGAUGCUACCCCUCAGCCUACUAUGGCCUCUGUGGUACUAGCAGCACAAAGAAUUAUGUUGACUAGUCAGAUCUAGCAAUAAUAUCUUAGUAUAGGACAAUAAUACACACACACACACACACACACACACACACACAUUUAAACAAACACACACACAGAAGCAAA